AUGUUUGAGCCUGGCUUUGAUGACAAUGGGCUUGAUGAAGAGGAGUAUGUGGCUGUUGAUGAAGAUGACUGUCAAGAUAUCUACCUGGUACCCGAUACAGAAGAAGAGGAUUCUCUGCGUCGCCCGUCUGUGACAAGCCGUUCAUCUGUUUGGCCACCGGUCCAAGACCAUUCACCUGUGCAGCUGCCUGCUCCAGACCCCUCACCUAGACGGCCAUCUGUUCCUAAAUUUGGUGUCCGCUCAUCCAUCACAAACUUUUCCCUCCCUCCUAUCCCAGAUUCGGCCCGCCCCUCGGUCCAAGAAUUUCCCUGUCAGCCUUUCCCGGACCAUUCCUGGCCACCUGUCCCAGACUCCGCCCGCCCCUCGGUUCCAGAAUUUCCUCGCCCGCCUGUCCCAGACCAUUCCCGGCCACCUGUCCCAGACUCCGCCCGCCCCUCGGUCCAAGAAUCUCCCCGUCCGCCUUUCCCGGACCAUUCUCGCCCACCUGUCCCACUUUCUUCCCGGCCACCUGUCCCAGACUCCGCCCGCCCCUCAGUCCCAGAAUCUUCCCGUCUGCCUGUCCCUGACCAUUCCCACCCACGCGUCCCAUCCUCUUCCCGCUCACCCGUUCCUGACUCUUCCCGCCCACUUGUUCCAGACUUUUCCCUCUCAGCUGUCUCGGAUUCUACAGGUAUUCGAGCUUCUUUCUCUGAAAAUUCAUCUACUCGCCCUCCUGUCCCGGGUCAUGAGUCACCCCCAAGUUUUCUACAAUCCCCAUCAGCGGUAAGCACAUUUUUAUCAUGUAAUGUUGUUAGUAGUUACAUCAAUAAUAUUUAA